AUGUUUUGGUUUCUCCUUUUUCUCAUUUCACUGGCGUCCUGUUCACCUACCAAGGACCUGGUCAAGCGCGGCCUCUCAUGCGAUCUCUUUCCAUCCUCUUCGGCGGAUCUACCCGUAUUUCAUCUUAAUGUUGGAAACAUGAUUAGGCAGAACGUCUUUCCCGUGGAUCAUACACCAUCCCUUCAAGAGCUCCCUCUUCGUACAUGGGCCUACUCAGGACCUGGCCAUCAUAUAACUUUUAGAGCCUGGAGAUCGGCUGAUCAACAAGGAGAAUAUGGGUCAGGCUACUGGGCAAAUUUCGAAAUCCAGGUCACCGCUCCGCUGAGUUUGUUUGUCAAUUUUGCCGCCCAGUCCAGAAGGUCGGGUUCGGAUCCUGGGUUAUCGCAGAUAAGUAACAGAAUCGCGGAGGGAUCAGGCUCAAGUCUCUAUCCACGCAGAACCACAUACAGCGUCUACGUUGGCAAUAUUCAUCAGAAUGUCGGUUUUACUGCUACUGGAAAUUGGCGCCGAUAA